AUGGUUGUAGGCUGGCAGUGGCUGCGCUGGGAGGCCAGGAGCUCGCAGGAGCUGGUUGCAGUGGGCUUGGCGGCUGUGAUAUUAAUGCUGAAGACUCCUGUCACUAUCGGGGUGGUUGAAGUCCUCCAUGAGGACCAGGGCCUGCAAACACGAGGCUGCUCCUAUCUGUCUGCAGAGCGCCUCAUCCGCUUGUUCUUCCUGGUCAGGCGGCCUAUAGCAGACACCCACUACAACGUCACCCAUGCCGUGCUUUGUGCGGUUCGUUUCUGUGGUGGGGAUGGUGGUCAAGUGCAUCACGAAGAGGAUGAGAAGCAGGGAGCAGUCCAGCAGCAGAGAGCUGUAGGAGGGCUGCCUGGCAAGGUGUUACGAAGUCAGGUGCAAGUGUGGGACACGGCUGGCCAGGAGAGGUUCUUGGUAGAGCACUACUACCGCAACGUGCAUGCUGUCGUCUUCGUUUACGAUGUCACAAAGAUGACCUCCUUCACCAACCUCAAGAUGUGGAUCGAGGAGUGCAACGGGCACGCGGUGCCCCCCCUCGUCCCCAGGGUGCUCGUUGGGAACAAGUGUGACUUGAAAGACCUGAUCCAAGUGCCAUCCAGCAUGGCCCUGAAGUUCGCCGACGCUCACAACAUGCUUUUGUUUGAGACCUCGGCCAAGGACCCUAAGGAGAGCCAGAACGUGGACGCCAUUUUCAUGUGCCUGGCCUGCCGGCUGAAGGCCCAGCGGUCGCUGCUCUGCCGGGACCUGGAGGGGCGGCCGGGCCAGGCCCGCAGGCUGGAGCCAACGCACGACGCCAACGGUAAAACCUCCUGCCCGUGCUGA